AAAGAGUGAGGCGAGAGAGGAGUCGAAACGCUGGAGGAAAUAAUUAACUUACUCAGUUCGAUCCCAGCUGAAAGAACAAAUUACUGAAGAAACUCUACGGGAAUUGAAGUGUAAGCGGUGAGUUGAUUGAAAAGUAAAAUCUUACAAAGGAAGUCUGCUAAAAUCUUGCGUUGCUGAGAAUUUGAGGUAUUUAUACACAGUAGGAAGGGGGAAUAAGGCCUAAGUAUACGGCACUAACUAACGGAAUACACAGGAUUAGGUAAACUAUUUGAACACUUCAUUUUCAUGUUGAUCGCGUGGUUAUUAGGUAUAAACAUGUGUUAAGGAUCUAAAGUUGGGACAUUGAAGAGAAUUGACAGAGAAGAGUGAAGGGUUUGAGGAAAGGUAGUGGAAACUCACACCGCAGUUAUAAUAUUUCAUCAUUGAAGUACUCAAACUGCAUACAGUCUAUCUCAACAAAUCAACAUAUCAAUGGAAUCUUCAUCUUCAUCUCCUUCUGCUAUGGCCUUUUCUUCUCAGUUGUGGAAGUACCAUGUUUUUCUUAGUUUUAGAGGAGAAGAUACUCGUAAGACUUUUGUUGAUCAUCUCUACACGGCUCUUGUACAACAGGGGAUCUACACUUACAAGGACGAUGAAACACUUCCUCGGGGAGAAUCAAUUGCCCCAUCCCUUGAGAAGGCCAUUGAAGAAUCACAAAUUGCUGUCAUCAUAUUCUCUAAAAACUAUGCUGAUUCUUCAUGGUGCUUAGAUGAACUUGUACAUAUCAUGAAGUGCAAGGAUACGAGAGAUCAAAUCGUUAUGCCCAUAUUCUAUGAUGUGGAUCCCUCUGAAGUGCGGAAACAAAAACGAAAAUAUGGAGAAGCUUUUGCUAAACAUGAGUUGGAAAACCAGACCAAGGUUAAAUCUUGGAGAAAAGCACUUGUGGAUGCAAGUAACCAUUCUGGAUGGGAACCCCAACACAUUGCCAACGGGCACGAGUCAAAAUGCAUCAAAAAGAUUGUUGACACAAUUUCACAUAGGUUGUAUCCGGUAACUUCAAGUGUGGAUGACAACCUGGUUGGAGUAGAGGCUCGCAUGCAAGAUUUGAUGUCAACGAUACAAAUUGGGUUUGGUGGGAAGAGAAUGAUUGGGAUAUGGGGAGUUGGGGGUGGUGGUAAGACUACUCUUGCAUCCUCUGUUUAUGAUGAAAUUUCUAGUAAGUUCGAUGGUUGUUGCUUUUUAAAAAAUAUUCGGGAGGAAUCAAGUAAUAAGAAUGGUCUUGAAAAAAUGCAAGCAGAAAUUCUUUCUGGGGUUUUGAAACAAAAGCUAGUGCAAGUAGGGAGAGUUGAAGAAGGAAGGCGCACGAUAAAGGAUAGGUUACACCAUAGAAAGGUCUUGAUUGUUCUUGAUGAUGUCGACAACCUUGAGCACCUAGAACAGUUGGCUGGAUCACAUGAUUGGUUUGGUGAAGGAAGCCGAAUAAUAAUCACAACUAGAGAUGAGCAUAUAUUAACUGGACACAAAGUAGAUGUGAUACACAAUAUUAGCUUGUUAAACAAUGACGAGGCUAUGAAGCUUUUUUGUAAGCAUGCACCCCGAGGUCACAAUCCUAUAGAAGAUUAUGAGUUGCUUUCAAAAGAUGUGGUUUCUUAUGCCUGUGGGCUCCCAUUAGCACUUAGAAUUCUUGGUCGUUUCUUAUGUGACAAAGAUAUGAAUGAAUGGAGGAGUGCAUUAGCUAGAUUGAAAGAAAUCCCGGAUGCUAAUAUACUUGAAAAGCUAAAAAUCAGCUUCGAUGGACUUACACCUGUGGAGAGAGAGUUGUUCCUUGAUAUUGCAUGUUUCUUCAGAGGGCAUGAUUAUAAAGAUGAAAAGAUGCUGAUGAUACUUGAUGCUUGUGGUUUUCACCCUGUUAUAGGCAUAAAGGUGUUGAUACAAAAAGCUCUCAUAACUAUUUCGAAUAAAAGAUUUAGUAUGCAUGAUUUGGUACAAGAAAUGGCACACUACAUUGUUAGAGGGGGACACCCUAACAAUCCCGAAAAACAUAGUAGAGUUUGGAAGAGGGAAGAUGUUUUAAAUAUAUGUGCUAUGGAUGCAAUGGAGAACCUUGACAAGAUUGAAGCUAUAAAUUAUUGGUGUCUAAGAAGUACUCGCGAAUUACAAGUUUUUCUUCAGGUCAUUGCAAACAUGAAGAAACUUCGGUGGAUUGAUGUGAGCUUUGGAUUGGCAUCUACAUUACCAGAAAAUUUUCCACCAAGGGAGCUGUGUUGUCUUAUAUUUUCUGGCCUCAAGGAAACACAAAUUUGGGAGGGUUAUAAGUAUCUACCAAAUUUGAGGACGAUAAAGCUUGAUCUAUUGCUAAACCUAACGAAGACACCUAAUUUUGAUGGGCUUCGGAACCUUGAAAGAUUCAUGAUUAGGGGAUGUGGAAAAUUAAUAGAAAUUCAUCCAUCAUUUGGGCAUUUGGAAAAGCUAGUUUACGUAGUGAUAGACGGUUGUUUCAAUCUUCAGAUGCUUCCACCCAUUACCCGAUCGAAGAAACUUGAGACUCUUGAACUCUCAAAGUGCAGUCGACUUUUUAAUUCUUCAAGGAUUCAGCAAAGUAUGGAGAAUGUAGAACAUCUCCCAGAGCCUUUUCUUCCUCACAACAUAAACCACAUAGGGCUACGCUUUUUUAAUAGAUGCUUGAGAAAGUUGGAUCUCAGUGGUUGCUUUUUGGGAGAUGGAGACAUCAGCUCUACUGGUUUUUGGGAGUUUCCUAACUUGCAAGAACUCGAUCUACAUGGGAAUAAGUUUUCAAGAUUAAAUUUUAGUCGAAUUCCUCGACUGAAAUGUCUCAAUGUAAAAUACUGCUUCCAUCUUGUAGAAUUGUUGGAGCUGCCAUCAAGUAUAGCUGUUGUCAUAGAGGAUGAUUGUAACUCACUUGAAAGCUUUGGAGAUAUUUCAAACUGUAAAUGGUUGUGGAAAUUCUCAUUGUGGGGGAACAACAAACUUGGUCCACUUGAUGGUGACAUAUUACUAAACACCAUGCUCCAGGGUAAUGCCAAAGAUUACUUUAUGAGUAUCAACCUUUCAAACAUUGACAUUUGGAUGGGGACGUCUGUAGUUUGGAUCGACUGGGUGAAGACUUAUAAUAUGCUGCUUCCACACAAUUGGUACAAUCACUUUUCUGGGAUUUUGAUGUUCGCUAAAUGCAACAAUCGGUAUCAGCGCUUUAAUAUAAAUAUCAAGCAGGGUGUAGAUGAAGAUUUUCAAUCUGAGUUCUGGCAGGAAUCUAAUCAAACACUUGAGUCUUCUUUUCAUGACACGUAUGUAGGAUAUGUUUCCUUCAGUUCACUGAGGCGCACAGGGUACUUGAAUUCAACGUACAAUAUGAUUUCGUUUUCUAUGGGGGAUAGUUUGUUGUUGGAUAGAGCUCAGAAUAGGUUUAGAGCUAGAGUUGUACUCAUUCCUAAAGAUGAUCCCAUGCAAACAGCAGCAGUUGCAACAAAUUGCUCAGAAUUUUGGGAUAAGGAAGUUAAUGAUAGAAAGACAUUUACCCUACAACAUGAUUCAAACUCCUCUAUCAAGAUUUCAUGGUUUCCUUGGAUCUGACAAACCCAUUCUCCCACAGGUAUUGAAUAACUUUUUCUUGUGCGUUAUUAUUGGUGGUAACAUUUACUCUUAUAAAUUUGUUAUACUGUCAACCAAAACCUGAGCUGAUAAUAGAUUCAUGAGUAGCUUUAGUUUCAAUUUAUUAGUGGUCUGUUAAUUGAUCAUGGACUCAUGGUUGUUUUUGUUGAUACCGAUUACAUCUAAACUAAUUAGAUCUAAAAGUGUAUGGUAAUAUGUUUGCCUUUCUGAAACGAUA